AUCUAGAACUUUUUUUUUAGCAUGUGAAUUUUGGGAGAUAUAGGCUCUUCCAAGCUCAAUAUUUAUUUUGCGACAAACUCAACCGGGAACAAAUUCAGCGAAUUCCCAAAAAUGACAUCAAAGGAUAAUAAUAUAGCAACUCAAUUACUAUCGCGAGCGCAUUCUCCUGAUACUACGAACAGGAUCUUCACCGAGAAAAUAAAACAGCGACCAUUACACCUCAAACCUACAGAACCAAACAAUGAACAACAACAUCGACGUCUCGAACGACAGCGAAAACUUGCUCUACGUAAGAAGAAAUUGAAGCCCGCCCCUCUAUCAGCUAGAGAGAAGCGUGCUUUAUGUCUGUAUGAUGUACCCAAAUCGGCACAAAAAUACAGCAUCUACGAGCCUUUACAUAAAAUGUGGUUGGGUUAUAUUUCGGAAGUGUUAGGAGGGAAAAAUUGUAUGCCAGUUACUGGACCUGCAGCUGCUAAAUUAUGCAGUGCCGACUAUCAUGGAGCGGAGCUUGAGGUUGUGAGAAGUAGGUGUGUGAGUAGGGUCGGUGUGAAGGGAAUUGUGAUUAAAGAUUCCAAGGGAAUUUUUGAGAUUAUCACGAAGAAUAAUGAUUUGAAGGUUCUACCAAAGGAAAAUACCAUUUUCAAAUUUACGAUACCAGUACAGGCAAGCAACGAAGGUACUACGUUAGAGAAGGAUGGAAAAUCCGCCAAAGAUCUGGUGUUUGAGUUACAUGGUGAACAAUUCAUGUACCGAGCAGCUGAUCGAGCGAACAAGAAAUUCAAACCACAUUUCUUACCUCAUGUAUGAAAGAUUUGAUGUUGGAGGUUCUACAUCGAUGUUUCUGGAUGAAGCAGUUUGCAAUCACUCUUGUUCGCACGCGACACCGCGCCACACUAUUAAAGCGCUUUCAUACAACCCGACAAAAGUACCAGAGACAGUGGGACGGGCGUUCGAUAUAAUAUGAAAGCCACCCAGCAUUCUAUUGAACGACAUCCAAUCGCAGGCCAGCAGGCGUGAUAUUCUAUCAACGCCAUCGCUAUGUGCCUCAUUGUAUAAACAAUCGACAGGUAUCAUAGCCACUGCGAGACCCAAGCUCGAAACCACAUUCUCAUCCCUCUAUACAUGCGCAAAUGUCAGUUCUACGGUAUUGAUGAUGGUUGAGCAACGCCAGAUUUCCCUCUCACAGGCUCCUAAGAUUGAGGCGGCAAAUAAACAUCAUCUCCAACUGUAUAAGGUCGUACUUCAGUUCUAGCUCCCGGCCUAUUAAACAUUUAUCCUGCAUGUUGUAUACAUCUUUGUCGACGUCUUCAUGAAGCGGUUGUAGUUAAGCUUAUCAUCAUAAAAUAAAAACCACGAGUACAACGACGCUUAUGACUAAAAUGGGGAAAGCAUUUCUCAAUCCACAGUCGAAAUCUCGUUAUUGUGAGCCAGAAUGCCAUGAUUAUCGAAAAUCACCACCGGCAGUCACUAAGGUCAUAGGAAGAGUGAGGAGGAGGAAACAAGGAGGAUAUUGCUGAGAAUGGAAUUACUGAAUCAGAGUGUGGCGUGGUAUUCAGAAGGUCAAUAAUACGUAGAUCUCUCCCAGCACAAAAAAGAAUUCAAACAUCUUCAUAACC